AUGGAAAACAUUUCUUUAGAGUCUUUAAAUAUCAAUACAAAAAACCAACAAGUAAAUGAAAUUGAUUAUAACAAUAUUAUGGAUUUAUUGAAUGAUUUAUCUGAACUUGAUCCAAAAUGUUUGUCAGAAGAUGAUUAUGAUAAAUUAAUUAAUUUUUUGCCUUUAUCACCUAAUAUUCAUGGCAAUCAAGUGUUAGCUGCUGGAUGUAAUGUAAUUGCUUCAUUAUGCUCAGAUGACUUAGCGAGACAUUAUUUUGGAGAAAAAAUAACCGUGUCUACUGUGAAUAUAUUAAAAUCACUUACAAGUCGUAUUAAUAAAGAUAAAUGUAUUCAAGAAUGUUUGCUUCAGACAUGUCGUGCAGUUGGAAAUCUUUGUUAUUAUCAUGAAGAAAAUACCAAGUGUGCAUUAAAGGAAGGAUGUCUUUUAAUUACGAUGGAAGUGUUGAAAACAAACAUUAAUGAAAACAUUCAACCUGUUGUUAUUGGGUUAUUAUUAAAUUUAACUCAUUUGGAUGACUACAAUUACAAGUUUCAGGAUAACAUGAUUGAAGAAUUAAAUUUAUAUGGAAUUCAAUACAUGGAAUAUAAUAAUAAUAACUAUAGAUUUUAUAUAAACUUGGUAUCAGUAAUGAUCAAUAUUGUUAGAAAAUCCUCAAGUAACACUAAAAUAACAGAUUAUGAAAAAUGUUAUUUUAUUGACCGUUUAUUGGAAACUUAUAAUAUGCAAAUCAAUGUUACUUACAUUUGUAUUAAAUUCAUUAAAAAAGUCUCUAAAACUUAUAAUGUUUAUAAUUGGAUAUUAAAAGAAAAACAUAAAACAUUAAUAGAAAUAUUAGAUAAAUAUGAAGAAAACCAAGAAGAAGAUCCAAAACUUAUUGUUAAAAAAAUAUGUGAUAUCAUAAUAUUACUUUCCAAUGAUGAUGGUUCUAUGGAAAAAAAUAAGCAACUUGAUGUUUUAUAUUUAGUAGAAUGGCUACUUAAGAAACUACAUUCUAAUAAUUUAUACGUUAAGUUGUCGGCUGUAAGGUCAUUGGCAAAUUUUAGUAGAUAUAAAUAUGAAUCAAAUCUUACAACCAUAAGUCCUGCAAAAACUAUAAUGAAGCAUAUAACAUGGUUUAUAAAUACUUUGGACAAAUCAAUCAAAGACAAUAAUUCAUUGAUGGAAGUAUCUAUACUUUGUUUGUUUAAAAAUCUUUUAUAUGCUACAAAUUUUGAGUCUAUGGAUGAGAAUCAUACAGAUAAAUUGAUCAAAGUCACUAUAGAUGUUUUAAAGCACUCUACAUUUAAUCCAAUUGUAAUGAAAGGCAUGGAUAUAAUAAGAUGUAUCAUAAAAAAAGGUGGCAUAAGUCAAAAACAACUUGUUUUGUACAAAAAUUCAACCUUUAUCAAAUUGGUGACAACUCAUUGUAAUAGUAUUGAUGAAGACAUCCAAAUAUUGGCCAAAAAAUUACUUUAUUCAAUUAACGAGGACAUAAAUGAACCUGAAAUUGUUGGAUCAAGAACAGUGGAAAACCAUUUACAAUUUAUAGAAAAAAUUUGA